UGCCAGCCAGAGUCCUACCCACGCUCGGGCCAGUGAGCGCCACCACAACCAACUACACUCGAUAGGGGUUCAACAGUCCUGCAUGGCGGUGUAUUGCAUUCGAACGAGGCUAGAGGUGCGGAAAGUCCAAUGAUGCGCGUCGGCCCGGGAGUCUGGAGCGACCAACAUCUGGCACAGGGUGGUGGACACUACCCCGCCGCCAUCCUGCCUUCAGCCGAUUUUGCUCUUCUCAACUACUUCUUUCCCCGUACGCCACCUCUCCAUCUGACAUCACACCCGUGAUAAAAAUCACGCUUUUCGUUUCCAUAUUUUAGUUUUGCCUACCAUGAGCGAAACUAACGUGGUGCCGACUUUAGUGGAGGAAGAUCAUAUCCAGGCCGACGAGACACCAUACGAUGGAUGACCUUGAAGACGGGGCGAAUGAUGUGGGAAGCGUAGGCGGUAGUUCGUACACAUCCAUCACCUCAUCCAUCCUCCGAGGCGAGAUAGGGGAGGGCGGCAGGACAUACGUCUACGAGAAAGAAGAAUAUGGCCUCCCCAUGGACAAGUGCCACGCAAAGUACUACGCAAUGCUUGAGAAAAAGCGCUUCUUCGCCCCGAUCGAAAGCAAUCCUCAGAAGAUCUUGGAUCUCGGGUGCGGCACAGGAAUCUGGUGCAUAGACGUGGCCAAUGAAUAUCCAUCAGCUGAGGUUCUGCCAGCACGUGGCACCUUCCUUACUUCACAGGUCAUCGGAGUGACAUUGCACCCACACAGCCUGACUGGUAAUUUUCACACCACAUAUGUGCAUCUCCAACCCGAACUGCCAGCCCAACAACUCCCAGGGUCCCCCCGAACUGCCGCUUCGAGCUUGACGACGUGGAGCGCCCCUGGAUGUGGAAAGAGAACAGCUUCGACUUCAUCUUCUGCCGCGACCUCCUCGCCAUCCGCGACUUCCCAAGCUAAUCGACCAGUGCUACACUCACGCGAAACCAGGCGGAUACAUCGAGUUCCAGACCGUAACAGCAUGCAUCGGCUGCGACGACAACACGCUCCCUCUCGAUGGCAGCUUUCAGAAAUUCGCCGACAACCCGAACCGCUCGGCCAAGAUAUUCAGGACGCCGAUCGAUGA